AUGGCUGACGAAUAUGGCGCCGAUGAUGCGCUACUUGCCGCCAUGGCAGCCGCCGUUCCGACUCCUGCCUCACGACCUGCGCAGCCGCAACCACGGCCUAAGAUUCAGCAGCCUACACCUCAGCGCCUCGACAAAGCACCUCCUGCGGCUUCAGCAUCCGGAGCCAAGGUCGUACAGCCGACUCCCCAGUCGCUUCCUCCCAGACAAGGCGCUUCGAAUAUCCUCGUCUCGCCCCGUCAGCGCGGAAAUCCGGUCCUGACACACAUCAAGUCGAUGCCGUGGGAGUACAGCGACAUUCCGGCAGACUAUACUCUUGGAGCCUCGACAUGCGCGCUGUUUUUGAGUCUCAAGUACCACCGUCUUCAUCCCGAAUACGUCUAUACCCGAAUUCGAAACUUGCAAGGCAAGUAUAAUCUACGAAUUCUGCUCACCAUGAUUGACAUCCCAAACCACGAAGACCCCCUCCGCGAGCUGUCCAAGACCUCCAUGGUCAACAAUGUCACCAUCAUCUCGUGCUGGUCCGCCGCCGAGGCCGCUCGCUACCUGGAACUCUACAAAGCAUACGAGCAUGCCAGCUUCGACGCAAUCCGCGGCAAGCAGUCAUCCAGCUAUGCAGAGCGCCUUGUCGACUUUGUCACGGUCCCCCGCAGCCUGAACAAGUCAGAUGCCGUUGCCCUCGUGGCCAACUUCGGCAGCCUAAGGAACGCCAUCAACGCCGACGCCGAGCAGCUCGGCAUGCUCAGCGGCUGGGGCGGCGUCAAGGUCAAGCGUUGGACCGCCGCCAUCGAGGAGCCGUUCCGGGCCAAGAAUGCGUCCAAGCGGAUCCUGCCCACCGGCGACGCUGCCGCCCUGGCUGCGCUGGCCGAGCCCGGAGCCGCAGCCGGCAGGGCAUCGCGGCUGGAGGAGGCAGUGCCGCUCUCUCGUGUGCCAUUGAGAGACAUGCCGGCGGCGAAGGCUGCGGAGACGACCCCCGAAGCAGGCGGGGCGUUGAACUCGGGCAAGCAGUUCCAAUUCCGUGGCGACACGGACGACGAGGAUGACGAACUGGAAGCCGCCGCGACUACCGCUUCCAACCCAACACAGACGGCCAGCGAGCUAGCGCAGCGCGAAGCUGACAAGCCUGAAGAGCUUCCUGAUGGAAUUGCGGCUGCGUUGGCAAAGCUUCGCAACUGA